AUGGCACUGAGCACGAAGCCCAUCCAGAAUCUGAAUGCAGAAUCGCAAACAUUGAGCAGAUACACCUCUGUGCUGUCUAGUGCCGCAAGAGGAUCCCGUUGGCAAGAGGUUACUCGCGUGUUUGAAGACCUGAGGAGGUGCCGACUGCAGCCGAAUGUGAUCAUACACAACGCCGGGAUCAAUACCUUUGGCAAGGCUGCACGGUGGGAAUCGGCAUUGUGGUUGUUGGACCUCACGUGUUGCAAUGGACUUGUACCGACUGUGAUCAGCCACAAUGCGUUCAUCAGCUCCUGUGAUCGAGAAGCACGAUGGCCGGUGGCUUUGCAUUCGCUGAGUGAGAUGCGGAAGGAAGGGGUGGCCGAUUUGAUCAGUUGCAACAGCGCCGUCAGUGCCUGCAGUCGCAGUAGAUCAGAUUGGAGGUUGGCCUUGGCCUUGGGCUCCGCCAUGGCUCAGCAGUCGACACGACCUGAUGAAUUCACCUGUGGCUCCUUGCUCCUUGCGUCUGAGCGCCACGGAAUCUGGAGACUUGCUGUUGGCAUCUGCGCUGAUAUGCGGGCCAUGAUGCUGCGAUCCAACUCCUUCACGUACAGCUCUGCACUGAUGGCGUGUGAGGGUGCUGCCUGGCAGCAGGCGGUGCUGCUGCUUCAGUCCAUGGAGCAGGAUGCCAUUGCUCCCAAUCAAGUCUGCUACACGGCAGCCAUCAACGCUUGUGAGAAGGGUGGGCAAUGGGAGCUGGCGUUGGCUAUCUAUGCACAGGCAGAGGAUGCACUGCAUUUCCGAGACCGAGACGAGCUUCUAUGCGAUGCAGGGCUCCGAGCCUUGCAGCAAGGGAAGCAGUGGCAGGGAGCUUUGGAGCUGGUCUUUGACAUGUCUUCAUCUCAACUGAAGCCUGAUGCGCUGUGUUUUUCCUCUCUCAUCGACGCGUGUGCAAAGGCAGGUGAGUGGCAAACUGUUCUGAAGAUCAUUGCGGCCAUGUGCGAUGCUGGGGUGGAUGACUUUCGGAUAGCACGCUAUGAGCACUCGAUUCAGGCCGGAAGCACUCUUGACUGCUUCAAGCACUCUGCUCUGGCGGUUGUCAUGCAGUGCAUGAAUGCCGAUCCAAGACCUUACACUUACGUCGACACGCAUGCAGGAUCAGCUGUCUACACUCUUGGAGAAGAGCAUCAGCAUCUGAUUUUGCGCUUGCUUGGGGGUCGGCGAAGCCUACCUUGGCAUUUGGCAUCUUAUGUGAAUGCAGUUCGAAAUUUUCAGUAUCUCACCGACAAUACACUGUAUCCAGGCUCUCCAGCGAUGGCCUUGCAGUGGAUUAGGCCUCAGGAUGAUGCGCUUCUCUUCGAGUUGUCUCCCACAAUCUUUUCUGAGCUGAAGCAGAACCUACGGCGGUUUUCCUUGGGUCGUGUCAAGAUGCUGGAGACGAACUCGUACUGGUGGCUGUUGCAUCGUCUUCGCAAACAGCCGACAAGUCGACAGCUGAUUCUGAUCGAUCCACCUUACGAGCCGUACGAAGCCUACAUGGCGUGGAGCCUCUACCUAGUUCAGCAGCUGCAUGAUGCAUGGCCCUCCAGCUGCAUCAUUCUGUGGUAUCCAUACCUGGAUGAACAGCAGAUUCAGGGCCUCUAUCGACGUUUGGAAUUCAUGGAGUUCACGGAUGUUCUCAUCGCAGAAUUCGGCAUCGCGGAAACAAACUCGCUGGAGACCUCAGGCUUGCUUUUGAUCCGCGCACCUACCGGGGUGGAUGCUAUGCUUGCGGACUUGCUUUCGCAACUUGCAUACAACAUCGACUGCGCUUGA